AGAAAAUGUACGACUGUACUUUGCGACUCAUCGACAGAUUUCCGGUGUGCCGUAAAUUUUAGUGCGUCUUCAGAAGGUUAAGGUGACUCCGGAUUGUAGGCAUCAUGCCGUUCGUGGACAUUCAGGGGAAGUUGGGUAUCAACCUAGACAAAUGGAUGUUGGCCCAGAGCGGAGAGCAGCCUUACAAGCGUGCCACGCGCUGCCAUGCCUUCGAGAAGGAGUGGAUCGAGUGCUCGCACGGCAUCGGCCAGACCCGUGCCAAGAACGAGUGCAAACUAGAGUUCGAGGACUUCUACGAGUGUGUACAUCGUCAAAAAACGAGCAAGAGGCUCUAUGACAUCAGGCAGCAGCGGGACAAGCUGGUCAAGGAGGGCAAAUACACACCCCCUGCCCACCACGCUGGCCAGGACGACACAAGGCCGUGAGCACCACAGGAGAGGAGACGCACCACCAUACCAGACCAGACCAUACUGUACCAGCCAUCCAUAGAGUAGUGUGCCACGCGCCCACUUCCCAUCUCCUCUCCUCCACACUUCUCUAGGUCUCCUCUGGGACCUGUGUAACAUAAUUAAAUAAGUAUUGUGUUAAUAUUGCUUUGCUGUCCUGUUGAAAUAUGAAAAUAAAAACAUAUAUAUAUACAUUCUGA